GAGGAACGCGUGAAAGCGGACAAAAGCUGCGGCGGUGCGGCGUUGAAGCAACGCCAACCAUCGGCAACAGCCUACUGUCCAGAUACCAAGGACACAGGAGGGAGCUAUGGAGCUGCGAUGGGGGGCGGCGCUCGCGUUGGCGGCGGCGGGGGCGCUGGUGGGGAGCGGUGUGGAGGGAUUUUACCUUCCCGGGGUAGCUCCUGUGACUUUCGAGUUUUGCCAGAACGUGGAGGUUAAAGUGAACAAGCUCACCAGCAUCCAGACGCAGCUCCCGCUGGACUACUACUCGAUGCCUUUCUGCACUCCGGAGGGUGGGGCUAGGAUGACCUCGGAGAACCUGGGCGAGUUCUUGAGCGGUGAUCGGAUCGAAACAUCCCCGUACGCCAUCUACAUGCAGCACAACAUCUCGUGCACAGCCUUGUGUCAGGUGGAGCUGCAGGAUGCGGACAAGCAGCAGGUAGACAACCUCCAGAAGGCGAUCCGAAGGGACUACCGCCACAACUGGAUCAUCGACAACCUGCCCGCUGCCUCCCUCGUCCCCGUUGAGGGUGAAGACGCAACGCAGACGUACUACUCGCAGGGAUUCCCCGUGGGCGAAGUGAUCGACGGCAAGUACUACGUGAACAACCACGUGCACAUGGUCGUGGACUACCACCCCAUGGAACUCGGAGAGGAGCCCUCUGCCAGGGUUGUGGGAUUCAAGGUCGAGCCUUUCUCCGUGAAGCACGCCUUCCAGUCGCCGGCGGCCUACUGGACGGGAGCCCCUGGAGACAUGCCCCCCCUCAGCACUUGCGAGAAGGACAACUUCAUCAACCCGGUCAAGCCCACGGUGGACCCGUCCCAGAAGCAGGAGGUGGCUGUGGGGCAGAGGAUCAUAUACACGUACGACGUCGCCUGGAAGCAGUCGGACACACACUGGGCCAGCCGCUGGGACAUCUACCUCACCAUGAACCACGCCGUCAAGAACAGGGUGCACUGGUUUUCCAUCGUGAACUCCCUGCUUAUCGUCCUGUUCCUCACGGCCAUGAUCGCCAUGAUCCUCAUCCGCAACCUUCACCGGGAUAUCAUGCGGUACAACCGAGUACCGACUGACGAGGAGAAGGCGGAGGAGCGCGAGGAGACGGGCUGGAAGCUGGUCCACGCCGACGUCUUCCGACCGCCCGCCAAGUACCCAAUGCUGUUCUGCGUGCUGGUAGGGACCGGGGUGCAGCUGCUGUGCAUGGGAAUCGUCACGAUCGCCUUCGCGGCUAUCGGGUUCGUGAACCCCUCCAACCGAGGCAGCCUGGCGGUGUCGAUGCUCCUCCUGUACGUGCUCAUGGGAGUGCCGGCCGGAUACUCGAGCUCCGUCCUGUACAAAUCUUUCAAGGGCCGACAGUGGCAGCAGUGCACGCUGCUUACCGCACUCCUCUUCCCGUCCCUUUGCUUCACGGUCUUCCUCUCCCUCAACCUCAUGUCGCAGAGAUAUCAUUCUACUCAGGCGGUGCCCUUCGUGGAGAUCAUCGAGGUGCUCGCCUUGUGGUUCUGCAUCAGCGUGCCGAUGGUAUUCUUGGGGGCUUACUUCGGCUACCGCAAGCCCGUGGAGCCCUACCCGGUUGUUACCUCCAACAUCCCUCGACAGAUCCCUGACCAGCCGUGGUUCCUGUGGAGCUGCUUCACCAUCACCGUGGGCGGCAUUCUCCCUUACGGCGCGGUUUUCAUCGAGAUGUUCUUCAUCCUGCAAUCCUUGUGGAUGGGCAACUACUACUACGUCUUCGGUUUCCUCAUGCUGGUGUUCAUCAUCUUGAUUGUGACGUGCGCCGACAUCGCCAUGGUGUUCUGCUACUUCCAGCUUUGCGCCGAAGACUAUCACUGGUGGUGGCGUUCAUUCCUCACCACGGCAUCAACCGGCGCGUGGGUGUUCGCCUACUCGGCGAUCUACUUCAGCAACCUCCAGUCCACCAUGUUGGCCACGUACGUCCUGUACUUCGGGUACAUGGCGCUGCUCUCGCUGGGCCUCGGGGCCCUGACGGGUUGCAUCGGGUUCUACUCGUGCCUUUGGUUCACGCGGAAGAUUUACGCGUCCAUCAAGGUGGACUAAGCUUUUGUGGCGAUCUUCUGGUCUGGCAGCGGGAGCGAAAGGGUAGUAACAACAGUUGUGGGUUUGUGGACUGUCGUUCCGGAUUUGCGUUUGUCUCGAGUCCAGCUCCUCCCUGCGUGGGAGCCUUGUGUAGUGAGGGAGAGAUGAGUUGUUGAGAAAUUAGGUCCGCCCUCUGGGAUAAUGACGUCCGACAAAGUUGAGGUCGAUCGUUACUUUAUUACGAGCGGUGCUGCAUCGUACUGCCAAGCCCUCGGAGUUGACGACCCUGGCUGCGCAGACGCCAGCACGUUCCCGCUCCCAAAGGGGGCAUGUUAUCGUCGAGGAUAGUCGUGGCGAGGUUGGGAACGGGGAAUUAGGCUCAUGGCAGAAUCGAGGUAAUUUCAGGAUCCGACGACCUCUGGGAAGAGGGCGCGACGAGCGUUUAUCUCGGAAGAUGAAGAUUCACCGGCAGGUGGAGUGCUUCGAGUCGGGAGAGAGAAUGGGGGGUGUGUGCGUGAAGUGCAUGUUCUGUUGCGAGCUUCCUGGCGUGGUCGGUUGAGCGAGAGACAAGAUGGUGAUGGUAUUGUCUAGCACCAAUCGCGUCUUUCCGGUGGAUGUUCAAGGGUGUAGAAGGAAAAGCAUUAGGCCUUCUUGAAAUACAUUCCGGGAUGAAAUUGAACAACAACCUCCGAUCGGUGACCCAUGGAGAUUUUUUUUGUCGUGCCGCGGAUAUGUGACGGCCCAGAUAGUUCGUCCUUCCUGUACCCAGCCGACUACUCACUUGGGUCACUGCUUGGUUUCGAUUGUAGCGUGCCCUGCGCCACCAAGUUGGAGCACGAUGUACCGCGCGUACGGUGACAGCGACGAGCCAAGUGUAGCGUAGCACGUGAUGAGUGUCAUGUCCGCACGAUCAUGUGUGGCUUUCCGGGUUGAUUAUUUGUUGUUAUAUCUCUAGUAUGUGGUUGACCGUCCCUUCUUGCAUGUACUGUAGGCAUGAACGGGGUGAAAGGGGGUAGCAUGUCUUGGUAUUUGUCCUUGUCUUUUGGGCAAUUUUGUGUAAGCAACACCAUUAACAUAACGAACCAGCGGUGAGAAGCCGGCUGCACCGCGGCAAGCAUCGUUGGCAUCUUGCUUGGGGCGUUGCCGGCGACGUACUGCAAGCACCGAAGAUUAUUCUCCGCACAAAUGGUGAUGCC